AUAAUCACUAAAACCAUGAAAAAUUUUAAAACAUUCAUACAUACUUUCUUUCUUUUCAUUUUCCUUUUUUACCGUGUUGACGCAAAAUGCGAAAAGAUUACUAAUAGUUUAAGGACGGAUAACAACUGGAAUUUUGAUGAUACUUUCUACUCAUUUAGCGGUGGAAAUAUAACUUUUGUUCUGACUGAUAUGCCUUGUGGCGCAUCAGUUCUUUUGAUUCAAGUUAUUUCCCAAAAUGGGGGAGGUAACUAUUACGCACGCACCUUUACAAAUAGCGAUUUAAACGUUGUAAGAUACAUCGGUGUUAAUGUUAUUGCUGAAAAAUACCGUCAAUUUCGUAUACAAGCUAAGGUUGAUGACUUCGAAAACAUUAAUUGCCCUAAUCCCAGUUUCAGUGGAGAACUUUGCUAUUCUUUAUAUGUCGAUACUCCUGACUGUGCAAAAGAAAAAUCUAUAGCAAUUGGUGUGCCAAUUGCAACCGCAAUCAUUGGAGCAAUAGGGGGUAUAUUAGGAGUAUUAAUUAAACAAUAUUUCGACCACGCCUUAACAAACUCUGAAUAUGUUAGAUUACCAUAAGACGAAUUUUUUCCCCUUCACUUAUUUCACUUUUUUUUUGUGGUAAACGUUAAAACUUUAUUUUUCAUAUGAAGAACAUAUAAUACAAAUUAAGUAAAACCUAAGUUUGGUUCAUCUCCCGUAGAUGAAGUAGCGACUUAUUUUAUUUUU